AAGCGAUGAUGGAGGGGGAUUAUGAAGAUGGAGGAGUGAUCAGCUGAUGAAGAGACUGAGUGCGCGCUGCAAUGCUGGGUUGCUAAUUCUCUCGCCUGCAGACAAGCGGCAGCCUGGAGACCUCAGCCAGUCUCAGGCCAUCCAAAAAGGAGUGUCUGAGGAUAUGGAGGAGGAAAGCAGUUUAAAAAAACGAAAAAGUGACCACCAGGGCAAACAGGCCACUGAAACUGGACAGGAGAUUGUUGAGAAGGUAAAAAAGAGACGGGGUCGACCACCGGCUGAGAAACUUCCACCAAACCCUCCAAAACUCACCAAGCAAAUGAACACCCUCGUUGAUAUGGUCAUCAACUACAAAGACACGUUGGGUCGUCAGAUCAGCAAAGGUUUUGUUCAGCUGCCAUCAAGAAAAGAGGUUCCAGAAUACUAUGAGCUUAUUCGAAAGCCUGUUGACUUCCGGAGAAUCAGGGAACGAGUACGAAACCACAAAUACAGAUGCAUUGCAGAUUUGGAAAAAGAUAUACUACAAAUGUGUCACAAUGCUCAGACCUACAACCUGGAGGGAUCUCAGAUCUUCGAGGAUUCCAUCGUGCUAAAGUCUGUGUUUGAGAGUGCGAGACAACGGAUAGUAGAAAUCACUCAAGAGGAUAACGAUGCGGUUGGAGGCAGUGAACCGGUUGUUCCUGAUCAUUUAAAUCUAAAGCUAGAAUCUGGAGCAACAAACACAAAGUUGGAGAAGAGCAGGGAAAGAAGCAGCUUGGCUAAUUCUGCAAACUCCAGUGCUAAAGUGAAGGCGAUUUAUAGUGAUGAGGACAACACUGAGGAUCAGAAGAACAACACAGGUCUGGAAGACGGCUGAACAAUAAAUGCUGUAUAUGA